AUGGCAAUUGAAGCAGCUCUUGCAGUACUCCAGACAGAAAUCAACUGUCCCAUCUGCCUGGAUGACCUGAGAGACCCUGUCACCAUUGAAUGUGGGCACAACUUCUGUUGCUCCUGCAUCCAGCAGUCUUGGGCUGUUCAGGAGGACAGGUUCCCUUGUCCUGUGUGUCGUCACCGAUGCAGAGAGAGAUACAUGAGGAGCAACAUCCAGCUUGGAAGGAUGGUUGACAUCACCAAGCUCCUCCAGAUCACCAGGGGCAAGAUGAAGCAGCAAGAAGAGAGGCGCUUGUGUGAGAAGCACAACCAGGCCUUGACCCUCUUCUGUGAGGAGGACCUACAGCUGAUGUGUGCCCUGUGCACUCAGCCCCCUGACCACCAGGGCCACCAGGUGAGGCCCAUAGAGGAGGCUGCCUCUCAUCACAGGCAAAGGCUCAGCAGUUACAUUGGGCCCCUGAAGAAGCAGGUUGCAGACAUUCAGAAACUAGUAGCCACCCAAGACAGGAGACUAUCAGAACUGAAAGAAAAGGUGGAAAACCGGAGAGAUAAGUUAGCCUCCGAAUUUGAAAAUCUGAUACAAUCUGUAGAGCAUGAGCAAGAGGCAGUUCUCUCAAGGCUAGCUGCAGAAGAGAAGCACAUUCAACAGAAUUUCAGUGCAAACAAAACUGCAUUUUCAGACCACAUUUCCAAACUUAAAGUUCAACUAAAGGAGAUGGCAGAGAAGAGUGUGAUGUCAGAUAUGAAAUUGCUGAUGAACAUCAAAGAUGUCUUUGACCGUUGUGAAAAACUAGAACCUCCAGGUGUCUAUUGCUACCAAUUUAGGAGAGAAGAAUUCAGUCUUCCUCCACAAUGUUCAGCCCUGCAGAAAAUUAUACAGAGAUUUAGAGAAGAAAUUACCCUAGAUCCUGAAACUGCACAUCCUAAUCUGCUGGUGUCUGAGGAUAAAAAAUCUGUGACAUUUGUGAGGAAAAAGCAAAGAGUUCAUCAAAAUCCGAAGGGAUUUGAAGUGGAUCCAGUUGUCCUGGGUACUAAAGGGUUUGACUGUGGCAGACAUUACUGGGAGGUCCAGGUGGAUGACAAGCCUGAGUGGGCCAUGGGGGUCUGUAAAGACUCCCUCUCUGAGGAGAAAAAGCAGCCCCUGCUAAGACAGGAGAACAGAUGUUGGACGAUUCAGCUGCAGGAUGGUGACUAUGUGGCAGGAGGGUCUGCUCCUGUCACCCUUGUGCUGAAGGAAAUGCCCAGAAGGAUUGGCAUCUAUCUGGACUAUGAGUUGGGUCAGGUUUCCUUUUAUAGUUUGAAUGACAUGUCUCAUAUCCAUUCCUUCAGGGACACAUUUUCUGAAGUGCUAAAGCCUUACUUCUAUAUCGGAUGUGACCCCAAACCUCUUACUAUCUGUGCAUUAAAAGAUUAG